AUGUCGAGUGACGAAGAUGAGAACGUCGCAGAAGAUUUAGAAAGUGAAAAUGAUGACGUCGAUGAUGACGUCAAUGAGGAUGAAGAAGAAGAUGAUGAUGAUAAAGACGACGACGACGAAGAUGAUCAUGUCAGCAAGAAACCACGUGUCUACUUACCCGGAGAACCUCUGGCCCGGGGAGAACAGUUGGUGUACGACGAGAGUGCCUACGUCAUGUACCAGCAGGCCAACACAGGAGCACCGUGUUUAAGUUUUGACAUAAUAGAGGACAAACUUGGGGAAAGCAGAGAAUCAUUUCCACUGACUUGCUACUUGGCGGCCGGCACCCAAUCUCAAAAUGCUCAUUCAAACAGUGUCGUCGUCAUGAAACUCUCAAACAUGCAUCCAAUCAGGUCGAAGAAGAAGAAGAAGAAAGAUGAUGACGACGAUGAUGACAGUAGCAGCAGCAGCAGUAGUAGUGAAGAAGAGGAUGAUAAUGAGGUAGGUGGAGAGGGUAAAAAAGCCUCCAAAAUGGAAGCCGCCAUGCUGAGGCAUCCAGGAACAGUUAACAGGAUCAGGACCACAAAAAUAGGAGAUGCCAAUCUAGCAGCAACUUGGUCUGACACUGGAAAGGUGUACAUAUGGAACCUCACUGAACCCAUGAAGGCAAUUGAUUCAAAUCAGGGCGGGUCAAAGUUCAAAUCAGACAAGCAUUCAUCACUGUUCUCAUUCAGGGGUCAUCAGAUUGAAGGGUUUGCCCUGGAUUGGUCAUCUAAAGUGCCUGGUCGACUGGCGACGGGAGAUUGCAAGAAGAACAUUCACAUCUGGUCGAUGACCGAAGAAGGCAAGUGGGAGGUUGACCAGCGACCUCUUGUCGGUCACGAGAAAUCCGUUGAAGAUGUUCAGUGGUCACCGAGCGAGGCAAAUGUUUUAGCAUCCUGUUCCGUGGAUCGAAGCAUUCGAAUAUGGGAUGUGAGAUCUACUCCAAACAAGGCUUGCAAGAUAACAAUUGGUGAUGCUCACGAUAGUGAUGUCAAUGUCAUCAGCUGGAAUAAGUUGGAGUCUCGUUUCAUAUUAUCUGGUGGUGAUGAUGGAGUCGUCAAAGUCUGGGACUUGAGCAUGUGCAAGAAAAACUCUAGCGGCACAUCACUGCAGCCUGUAGCUCGCUUCAAACACCACAGCCGACCAAUCACGUCGAUCGAAUGGAACCCACACGACAGCACUGUUUUCGCAACCAGUGGAGAAGAUGACCAGCUGACCAUUUGGGAUAUUGCCGUAGAGACGGAUGAAAAACCAAAGAUUAAAAAGAAUAACUCUCUAAAUAAAUAUAGCACAGGUAACACUGAAAAUAUCAAAGGUGAGGUUGAUCCAAAGAAAGAAGCGAAAGAUAAAGGCAAUGACGAUGACGAUGAAAAAGAUGACACAGAUGAUGAAACCGCAGGGCCGUCAGAAACAAAAAAAGACUCAAAAACGGUUAAAGAUGACGACGACCUUGACAUCCUACCCCAGCUUUUAUUCAUACACCAGGGACAGAAGGAGAUAAAAGAACUUCACUGGCACACGCAGCUACCUGGCGUCGUCAUCAGCACUGCACUCGAUGGCUUCAACAUAUUUAGGACUAUCAGUGUUUAAACCGUGUGUCAUAUAUAAUGUCUAUCUACUUCUAUGUCUCUUAUUUCAACUUGUUAAUGUUUUUUUUUCAAUUUUUAAAUAAAACGGUUAA